AUGCAAUUAGCUUUUCUGGACUUUGAAACCGCUUUUGACUCUCCUCAUCGAAGCCGUCUUCUCCAGGAUGAAGUACCAGGAAAGUUCGUUCACUUGCUUGAUGACAUGAAUCAACGAACAACUGCUGCAGUUCGAACACCAGCCGGAUGUACAACACCGUUUAAAGUGGUAACUGAAGUAAGACAAGGGGCAGUGGCAGGAACCUUCCUGUUCAAUUUCGCCAUCGACGACAUUAUGCGAAGAGUAGUCGACCAGUGUCCUGUCGACAUUGUCUUAGCACCAUCGGGGUGCCCCUUGACUGAUCUCGAGUACGCCGACGAUAUUGUUAUAUUCGCGGAAAGCAGUACGAAACUUCAACAUGUUGUCAACCUUGUAUCGAAGCUGGCUGCAGCCUAUGGACUACGUCUACCCCCUGAUAAAUGCAAGCAGAUGUGGAUCUCUUCGAGACCUCGAACGGGAAUCAGGGUGGACGGACAACCAAUAGAACUCGUCGAUGAGUUCUGUUACCUGGGUUGUACGCUAAAGAACAACGGCAGCUACGAGAGAGAUGUUCAGCAAAGAUGCGCUAAGGCCACUUCUGCAUUUAACUCCUUAACGAAAUGCCUGUGGUCGACCUCCAUCACCAACGAAGUCAAACUGCUAGCCUAUCUAUAUAUCUCUCUUUUCUUAAGCCUCUAA